AGACACCAGCAAAUUCACACAAGGGAGAAGUCCUACCAGUGUUCACAGUGUGGGAAGAGCUUCAGUCGAUUAGGACACCUAAAUAGACACCAACAAAUUCACACAAGGGAGAAGUCCUACCAGUGUUCACAGUGUGGGAAGAGCUUCAGUCAAUUAGGAAACCUAAAUAGACACCAGCAGAUUCACACAGGGGAGAAGCCCUACCAGUGCUCCCAGUGUGGGAAGAGCUUCAAUCGUUUAGCAAAUCUAAAGGACCACCAGCGGACUCACACAAGGGAAAGUCCCUACCAGUGCUCCCAGUGUGGAAAUAGCUUCAAUCGUUUAGGAACCCUAAAGAGACACCAGGGGAUUCACACAGGGGAGAAGCCCUACCAGUGCUCCCAGUGUGGGAAGAGCUUCAAUCGUUCAGCAAAUCUAAAGGAGCACCAGCGGACUCACACAGGGGAGAGGCCCUACCAGUGCUCCCAGUGUGGGAAGAGCUUCAGUCGAUUAGGACACCUAAAGCAGCACCAGAAGACUCACACAAAGGAAAGUCCUUACCAGUGCUCCCAGUGUGGGAAUAGCUUCAGUCAAUUAGGAACCCUAAAGAGACACCAGCAGAUUCACACAGGGGAGAAGCCCUACCAGUGCUCCCAGUGUGGGAAGAGCUUCAUUCGUUCAGCAAAUCUAAAGGAGCACCAGCGGACUCAUACUGGGGAGAGGCCCUACCAGUGCUCCCAGUGUGGGAAGAGCUUUAGUCGAUUAGGACACCUAAAGAGACACCAGCGGAUUCACACGGGGGGAAGACACUACCAGUGCUCCCAGUGUGGGAAUAGCUUUAGUCAUUUUGAAUCCCUAAAGAAACACGAGUGCAUUCAUGCAGGAAAGAGGCCCUAUCAGUGCUCCCAGUGUGGGAAGAGCUAUAGUCGAUUACGACACCUAAAGGAGCACCAGCAGACUCACACAGGGGAAAGACCUUACCAGUGCCUCCAGUGUGGGAAGAGCUUCAAUCAUUUAGGAAACCUAAAUAGACACCAGCGGAUUCACACAGGGGAGAGGCCCUACCAGUGCUCCCAGUGUGGGAAUAAUUUCACUCGAUUAGGAAACCUAACUAGACACCAGCGGAUUCACACAGGGGAGAGGCCCUACCAGUGCUCCCAGUGUGAGAAGAGCUUCCAUGAAUUAGGACACCUAAAGGAACACCAGCGGACUCACACAGGGGAGAGGCCCUACCAGUGCUCCCAGUGUGGGAAGAGCUUUAGUCAGUUCGGAACCUUAAAGACACAUCAGCGGAUUCACAUAGGGAAAAGACCCUACCAGUGCUCCCAGCGUGGGAAGAGCUUAAUUCGGUCAGGAACCUUAAAGAUACACCAGCGAACUCACACAGGUGAGAGGCCCUAUCAGUGCUCCCAGUGUGGGAAGAGCUUCAGACUAUUAGGAAACUUAAAGAGACAUGAGCGGAUUCACACAGGAGAGAGGCCCUACCAGUGCUUCCAGUGUGGGAAGAGCUUCAGUCGUUUAGAACACCUAAAGGAGCACCAGCAGACUCACACAGGGGAAAGGCCCUACCAGUGUUCCCAGUGUGGGAAGAGUUUCCUUCGGUCAGGAGCCUUAAAGGAGCACAAGCGGAUUCACACAGGGCAGAGGCCCUACAAGUGCGCCCAGUGUGGGAAGAGCUUCAGUCGAUUAGGACAUAUGGAGAGGCACCAGCAGAUUCACACAGUUGACAGUUUAUCACAGUAAGCCCAAUAAAUAUGUUGUUCAAUGUUUUUGUGAAAAGUGUUUUUGUUAGGUGCCCAGCAUCAGUCCUGUUGAUGUUUAGUAUUUGCUUUACAAAUACAAAUACAGUUUGUUACAAUAUAUUAAAUCAAA